CUCAUCUCAAUUUCAGUAAAUCAAUAUUCUCUCAGUAUCAUUCAGUAAUUCAUUAGAAAUGGCUGCUCCUGCUUCUGCAUUGCUAUUCUCUAUCAUCUCCCUAGCGGCGGUCCUCUUCUUCAUCGGCGGCGCCAAUGCCGACUUCAACCGCGACGCCGAGAUCACGUGGGGCGACGGCCGCGCCAAGAUAGUCGACGGCGGGAGAGGCCUGAGCCUGUCCCUCGACCGCUUCUCCGGCGCCGGAUUCCAGUCGAGGAAACACUACCUCUUCGGCAGAUUCGACACGCAGCUCAAACUCGUCCCCGGCGACUCCGCCGGCACCGUCACCACUUUCUUCCUGACGUCGGAGGGAGAAGGGCACGACGAGAUCGACUUCGAGUUCCUGGGGAACUCCUCCGGCGAGCCGUACACCGUCCACACGAAUGUCUACGCCGCCGGAAAAGGCAACAAAGAGCAGCAGUUCCGCCUCUGGUUCGACCCCUCCGCCGCUUUCCACACCUACUCCAUCGUCUGGAACCCCCAGCGGAUCAUAUUCUUGGUGGACAACAUUCCGAUUAGGGUUCACACGCACCACGAGGCCCUGGGGGUUCCGUUCCCGACCAGGCAACCCAUGAGGGUGCAGUGCAGCCUCUGGAACGCCGACGACUGGGCCACCCAAGGGGGGCGGGUCAAGACGGACUGGAGCAAGGCCCCCUUCGUCGCCCAUUACCGGAACUUCAAAAUCGACGGAUCCGAGGCCACCAACACAAACAAGAAUUCGAAUUCAUUGAACGCUGGGGCAUGGCGGACUCAGGGACUGGACGCGAAUGGCAGGAACAGGCUGAGGUGGGUGCAGCAAAAAUACAUGAUCUACAAUUACUGCACGGACCACCCCAGAUUCCCUCAGGGCAUUCCCACCGAAUGCAAGCAGUCCAGAUUCUGAUUCCCAUUCCCAGACUUGUUAUUGUAAUUAUCGAUUUGCAGCUACUCAUUCGUUUAUUCAUUUUUAUUAUUUAUGUACGUAUGUAUGUAUGUAUGUAUUGUAUUCUGUUCUUGAAUAAAUACACCUCAGCAAAUAAGAGGAGAUUUAAUUAUCUUUA